AGGCGCUUGUCGUAAUUUGCUUUCGAGGCGGACGUGACGACGCCCGUAGAGGUCGAGAAAAGAAGGACGCGACAGUUAUAUUCUAUUGGUACGCAACAAGGUUCGAACGAUCCGCAAACAACAGCCGCCAUUGAUUCCGUUCUACGCCGUAUGAUGGCUGUAGCAAUUAAACAAGAAGUAUUGGACGAAGAACGAUAUAUGAGCGUGGAGAUUAGACCCGAGGAUAUGAAUUGUGGUGGCGCUUCGGAACUUUCUGAGACUCACAACCAAAGGGAAUCGAAUGACGGUUUGCAUGACUUAGAAUACAGAGGCAAAGAUGAUGAGGAAGAGGAAAAUGUCGGACUGGAGACUUCUACUUUGGACUACAAUGAUAUCGGGGGUCAGUCUCUAUCAGAUGAGGCUAUGAUUGAUUUUGCACGGAAUAAUUACGCACCUUAUUAUGACGAAGAGGGCAGCACAAUAGUUGAUGUUGAUUGUGGAGGAAACAAAGCUCAACUUUAUGUCAAUAAACUUUGUCAAGGUAGCAAGGGAUUGUGCAUUUACCAUAGGGGAAAUUGGUACACACCGAACGAAUUCCAAUCAUUCUGUGGUAGAGAAACGGCAAAAGAUUGGAAGCGAAGUAUCAGGCAUCGCGGAAAGAGUUUGAAGAUUUUAAUGGCAAGAGGAUUACUAAGUACACACCACUCAUCUUGUGAUUGUCCAACUUGCCGAUUUCAGCUAACUAAGCCACGCUUUGAGAAACGACAGUCGAUGAUUCCAUCCAAUAAGCUGAGUAAUGACAUGGAUUACGUCUCGACAUCAUCAUCGUCAGUAGAAUAUGUGACCCUUGCUAACGGAAGGAAGGUCAAAAGAAACGGAGAAACGGAUGGCGCGCUUUCAUCCAUCAUCAACAACUUGCAUCAGGCCAAUAAUAUCAAUGUUUCCGAUUCUGAGGAGAACAAUGGUUCGAUUGACGCUUCACGAAAACGAAGUCUCUUAGCCGCAGGGGACAGUAAUCAACAGAAGAGAGCUCGAAGCAUCUCGCCCCCAGAUGACAUAUAUGAUCAGGAGCAAAGGCAAAUUUACCAGGCAGCUAACUCACCCGAACCUCAGAAAAUCGAAAAUGUCCGACAGUCUUUGGUGCCUACUGAUCGUUCAGAAUCUGCAUCUCCGGUGGAGAACAUUGAUACAAAUGCAAUAACAGCCACAAACGCACUACACAAAUCUCGGAAACAAAUAUCACCUCAGCACAUAGAGUUGCAACAGCUCAGUCUUAACAUUCCAAAUAACAGACUACAACAGUCGUCCAACAGAAGGUAUAGUGGAAGAACAGGGGUCUUAGACCGCGGACAUCCUUCAAGUUCUUCAGCUCAUGGACAUCGAUCUAGCCCAAUGAAAAUGAUCGCCUUAACUCGACCAGACUCUGCUAACUUUUCUCGCGGCAGUAACAAUAUCAACAGCCAUCGGUCCAACAACAGAAAUACUACUUCUGCUGCAACUACGUCACAGCCAGACGACCUUACUGAUUGGUCUAUUGACGACGUCAGUAACUUUGUCUCUUCUCUUAGAGGUUGCGAAGAAUAUGCGAUGGUCUUCCGAGACCAGGGCAUUGAUGGCGAAAUACUGACGGUUUUAACCGAAGACCACUUGUUGAACCACAUGGGAUUAAAACUAGGUCCUGCGUUAAAGAUUCGAUUACGUGUUGCAAAGAAACUCGGUUAUACACUAGACGGUCAAUACGGUCAUUUGGCGAUGUCUCAACAACAGCUACUGCAAUCAAAACCCGAACCUAGUUCGUGAUCUGUAGGCCUACUUGCGGAUUUAUAUACUACCAAAGAGUAUAAAUAGAACAAGAGAGCCAACAACGCUCAUUGAGAGCGUAAAAAAACGAUACGCCCUACGCAGCUAGUGUAGGACGCCAACUAA